AUGUCUCAAGAAUUCACCUACUCGGACAUUUCCGAGCACAACACCAAGAAGGACCUCUUCAUGGUCGUUCACGACAAGGUCUACAACUGCACAAGCUUCGUCGAUGAGCACCCCGGUGGUGAAGAAGUAAUGCUCGACGUCGGCGGCCAAGACGCCACCGAAGCCUUCGAAGACGUCGGCCACAGCGACGAAGCCCGCGAAAUCCUCGAGGGCCUCCUCGUCGGCACCGUCAAGCGCCAGCCCGGCGACCCUGCACCCAAGUCCUCCGCCCAGCCCACUUCCACCAAGACAAGCGGUCCCGAUGCCGCCGGUCUGGGUGCCGGUCUUUACGCCAUCCUCCUCGUCGGUGGUGCUUUGGCUUACUUUGCCUACUCUUACCUUCAGGCCAACGGUGCUGACAAGCAGUAA